AUGUGCGAGUUCGAGGAGUUCUACUUCACCUGCGGCCACUCGGUAUGCCGCCUCAAGUCCUACUGCCACUCCGCCCGGAACCAGGUCGACCACCUCUGCAACCAGCCGCAGAUCCUCCGGGAGCGCUGGCACCAGGGCCGCGAUUGCGACCCCUGCGUCGAGAGAGCCCGCCAGGCGUGGGCGGCAUACUACCAGAGCUUGGAGGAGGCGGGCCAGGGCCAGGGUCAGAAUCAGGGCCAAGGUCAGGGGCAAGAUCAAGGCCAAGGUCAGGGCCAGGGCCAGGGCCAGGAUCGUCCGUUGACGGAUGAUCUGAUCCUCGCGGCGGGCGGGCGAGGUAUCGAGACUCUCGCUUUGGGUCAAUAUGGCGUCAAGAACUGGGCGUAG